CCGCCGGACUGGAAGCCCGCUCUGCCCGCGCGGGUGGCGGAAGGUUCGAGUCCCGGUGGCGCCGAGCCUGUGCCCCUGCACCCCGCCAGGCUGAGAUCGCAGCAGGAAAAUUAAUGAGCUCCAUCCUUGGCAUGGAUUCGAAAAUUCCACUGUGGCGCUGGCAGGGCUUCUUCCGAGGCAGGAGCACUUGAAAGGAACCCCGCGUGGAGAGCCACGGGGAAAAAAGAGAUGGAUCACAUGUCUGCCAGGCUGAGAGCUUUCCUCUCUGAACCCAUUGGAGAAAAAGAUGUUGUCUGGGUAGAUGGGAUCAGCCAUGAACUUGCAAUGAAUUUGGUCUCCAAAGGUUUCAACAAGGCUUACACCCUGCUGGGACAGUUCCUUCUGAUGCACAAGAACGAAGUGGAGUUUCAGAGGUGGCUCAUUUGCUGUUGUGGCGCCACGGAGUGUGAGGCCCAGGAGAGCUCUAACUGCCUGAAGGAGUGGUGCUCCUGCUUCCUAUGAACGCACCUCCUCGCUCUGCCGCCUGGGUAAUGAUGACACGUGCUGUACCUACACCCGGGCUCAGAGUCAUUAUUUUUGUUUUUAAUUUUAAUGAUACGUGCUUGUUACGAAAAGUGAUUCGAGAAUAUAAAAAAAGACAAACGAGAAAAAUGACCCAAAGUCCACCACCCAGAAGUAACUAUCAUUCUACUGGCAUCUAUAUCGUGCCAAAUAUCUCAGCAUAUAUUUAUAUAAAAGAAUGAACAAUUUUGCUUAAGAAUGGGAAUUAAAUUUUGUCAGUGUAUUAGUUA